UGAUGGGAGCAUCAUGUAAGGCUCAGAGUGUACUUGUCGCAUUCCAGGUCCAUCUGGUCCACGGCUGGAGUGAGAAACCCAUACCAGAUGCUGACAAGACUGCAGCAGGAAAUAGGAGACACCGCCCCCUCCAGGCCGUCCAGGCGCCGCGCACGCGCACUGAGGCGCUCUCCGCCCGCGGCGGGCGGCGGGCGGCGAGGCGGGACUCUGAGGCGCGUGCGCGGCGGCCAGGGCAGCCGGCCCCUCCCUUAACGGGGGCGCGCGGCUCGGAGGACCGCACGGAAAGGGGGAAGUCAGGUGGCCACUGCCGCUGCCGCCGCCUCGGUGUGUCGCCAGAAGGAAGAUGGCGGAUCUGGAGGAGCAGUUGUCUGAUGAAGAGAAGUGCAUUUGCACAGUAUAACUUGGAUCAGUUUACUCCGGUAAAAAUUGAAGGUUAUGAAGAUCAGGUAUUGAUAACAGAACAUGGUGAUUUGGGAAAUGGAAAGUUUUUGGAUCCAAAAAACAGAAUUUGUUUCAAAUUUGAUCACUUAAGAAAGGAAGCAACUGAUCCAAGACCCUACGAAGCAGAAAAUGCAAUUGAAUCAUGGAGAACUUCUGUAGAAACUGCGCUGCGAGCAUACGUAAAAGAACAUUAUCCGAACGGAGUUUGCACUGUGUAUGGUAAAAAAAUAGAUGGACAGCAAACCAUUAUUGCAUGCAUAGAAAGCCAUCAAUUCCAAGCAAAAAAUUUUUGGAAUGGUCGUUGGAGAUCAGAGUGGAAGUUUACAAUCACACCUUCAACCACUCAGGUGGUUGGCAUCUUGAAAAUUCAGGUUCAUUAUUAUGAAGAUGGUAAUGUUCAGCUAGUGAGUCAUAAAGAUAUACUGGAUUCCCUAACAGUGUCUAAUGAAGCGCAAACAGCAAAAGAAUUUAUAAAGAUUGUAGAAGCUGCAGAAAAUGAAUACCAGACUGCCAUCAGUGAGAAUUAUCAGACAAUGUCGGACACUACUUUCAAAGCCUUACGUCGACAGUUGCCAGUUACACGUACUAAGAUUGAUUGGAACAAGAUCCUUAGCUACAAGAUUGGCAAAGAAAUGCAGAAUGCAUAAGAUGAACAUUGCAUGUCCAGUUCAUUUUAGUAAUCUUUGCGUUUAAAAAAAUCAUUGCAAAAGUGUUCAGAACUGUUAAGCUGCCCAGGUGGGGUAUUGCCAUGUAAAAUCAGUGUAAUUAAUUAGUUUGGUUAGAGCACAAAGCUUAGCUAAUCAACCAUUCUUUUCUUUUGUUUGAAGAGAAUUGAAAAAAAUGAGUUUAGGAUAAAUGUCUUUUACUUUCUGUUAUUCCUUUGUUACAAUGAAGAGUUGAUUCCUUUAGUUUAUGGUUAAAAUUUUUGAAGUAUUACAAAAAUAUUUUAUUUAGUAUAACCCUAAAAUUGUUGUCUUUGGCUUAUGAAAUGGGUAACUUUUGAUAGUAGCCCAAUUCUUUUUAAUGGGGUCAGUAAUAGACAUUCUAGCUUAAGGUGGUUGAUAGACUUAGCCAUACAUGCUGCUAAAGAAAUUGUCUACAUUUUCCCCCUCACCUCUUCCACUUGUGUAAGAUUGAGAUUAGAAGGAAAGCAAUUUUCUAUAUCAAUUGUGUUUAAACCUUUCAGUAAGGUUAUUUAGCUAGCUUAGUGUUGAACUAAACUUUUUUAAAACAAGGCCAAGUUUUAUUGCUGUUUUGAGAUUCUGAAAUUAAAUGAAAACACUUAUAAAUGCAUUUAAUGCUUUUUUUCUUGUGACAGUUAUGCAAAUUAGCUUGAAUUCCGUAUGUUCCUGAGUUAUUUUUAUCAUAAAGCCACAACUAUAGUAUAACAAGGCAAAUUGUAAUAUAUGUAAUCCUGAAAUCAUGACCAUGUCUAAGUUUAUUUUUUUCCUUGGAUUGAAAUGUACUGAAAAUCAGUGUGACAUUAAAAUGUAAACUUUCCUAUUUACUUGAGUAGAAAAAUCUCUUAACAGUAAGUCAUAUACUAUUUUAAAAUACUUUGAAUAUUGUAAUUCUUAACUGGUUGUAAAUUAGGAAAGCUGGGAAUACCAAUAGUGUGCAGUCAGAGUCUUUUCCAUCUUCCUAUGCAUCAUAAGCAUGUGUGUAAUAUUUUAAAAAUAUACUGAUACUACAGGAAUUUCAAACCUGUGGUGAAUGUUAGUAUUACUAUCAGGAGUUGGGUGGAUUUACAGUUUCAUUCAAUAGAAUUUUGUUGCUUAUCUUUGAGUGAAAUCCAUUCAUCGCAUACUCCUGCAGACAUCUGACCCUGGAAAAAUUUUUUAAGCGCCACUUUUAUUAUGAACAAUAAAAUAUUUCAUUAGCUUAAAUUGUAUAGAUUUUUAAAAAUUCAAUGAAAGCAUGUUUAAUUUCUUUUUAAAUAUCACUGUUGGGCUUUGAAACCACUGAGAAUAUAAUCUGAAAUUAUGACUUCUUUGGCUAAAUCAUUUUCUCUUUAGUUUGCAAGUUGUGUGUAUUGGGAUUCCUAAGGAAAAUGAAUUGAUUUAUGAAUUAUCUGUUCACUUUUUAAAAAACUUAUUCAAAAGUUUGAUGAUCAUUCUGAACUAAAUAUUGGAUAAAUAUAGAUUAGUUGUGUUAGUUGGGCUGUCUUGAGUUUAUAGUCCAUUCCAAAAAGGGGAAUUCCUUUGGCUUUUUUUAAUAAUUUAGAAAACAUGCUUGAAGAUGUAUGCAAAUGUUUUUAAAAUUUGCAUGUUGUCAAAAUUUAUCAAAAGUAGUUUAAAAUUCAUUCCAAAAUUUGUGUACAAUGGACUAGUCUUUUACAGUCUUUUCAGUUUAUGAAUAACAUUUUAUUAAAGGAAAAGAUGAAACCUCAAAGUAUCCUGAAGCUCAGGGAUAUUCUUUUAAUAGGAGACCUAAUGGCUCUUCGUUUAAUAGGCUGAACCAACAGGCAGGGGUAAAGGGUAGAAUCGGGAGGAAUAAGUAAGAGACUGUUACAAUAAGCCAAUUGAAAGAAAAUGAUGACCUGGAUGAACUGGUAAAGCAGUAGGUAAAAAUCAGCAAGAUUUGAUGAAAUUUCAGGAUCAUGAUAUAAAGAGAACUGUCAAGGAAUGUGGAACAUGAAAUAUGGGUUUGAGUUGGGGAAGAUUCUGGAAGGAGCAGGUAGGUGGUUGGGAGCAGGGAUCUGAUCAGAAGGUCUAUUACAGAUUUCAAAGUGAAAUAUUACAGUAGUUAGACACGGGAGAGAGAAUGCACUACAGGAGAAUGGGACAGUGAAUGAGCCUGGGAAAGUUUGAUAGCCAGGAAAAUAGAAGACUCCUCUAGAUGUGGUAAUUGAUUUAGAGUGUAUAUAAAGGUGUAUAUAUAAGGUGUAUAUUUAGGGUGUAUAUAAAGAGAGAGAAGAGAGUUGAAAAUUUGGCGCAGUGGAUUAUACAUAUGUUCAAUUAAGGAUCUAAAAGGAGUGAACUAGAAAUGUAAAAGUGGUUAGAAUGUGUCGUGUUUAAAUCAAGAUUUCUGGGAGAGUUACUAGUAAUACAAGGUAUGACCAAGAAAGUGACUAGCUGAGGGAAGAGAAUAGAUGGGCACAAGCAACAUGAAGCCUAGGGUUGGGAAAAUCAUUUCUUGAUACUGAAAUCAAGAAUUCUUGAGCCAAGCAUAGUGGCACCUGACUAUGAUCCCACUGUUCAGGGAGGCUGAGGCAGGAGGAUCACAAAUUCAAGCCCAGCAUCAGAAAUGUAAUGACUUAUCAGGACCCUGUCUCAUUAUAAAAAUAAAAGGGCUGGGGAUGUAGCUCAGCAUACAGGUUCUGGUUCAAUCCCUGUAUCCUUCCAAAAAAAAAAACUUGGUAGAAGUGUUUUGACCUGAGAACUUUUUCUCCUAGACUAUGAAUACAGACUAUAUACAGACUGACAGUAGUGUUACAACCCCAACAAACUUAUCAUAAAAAGAAAGUAUAACAGUCAGAAAUGUACAUGAUACACAAAUGCACAUAAACUUUGAAACAUCAGAGCGUAACCACCUCAGACAUACUUAACAUUUACACUGGGUUACACUUGAGCUAAGUCAUCUAACAAGCCUAUUUUAUAAUAAAAUAUUGAAGAUCAUAUAAUUUAUUGAAUACUGAAAGUGAAAAAUAGAAUGUUACACAAGUACAGUGUUACACCUUUGAGAAGUCAUAAAUUGGGGAAAGUUUGUGCCUAUAUAUGCUGAUUACAUUUUUAAGAAUUAGAUAAAUAUGUAUACAGAAGUUUUUGGGAAUUGUUAAACAUUUGAGAUUUUUGGAAACCAAAUAAGGAUAGGAACUUUAAAAGAAAGUUGUCCUGGAAGUUCUAAUUCAUUAUGAAAUGUCGCCAAAAGGAAUGUACUCAGGAAAACUAAUUAAGAACAACUACUGAUAAUUAUGUAUCACUUGAGUACUGCUUUCUAUGUUUAAAAUCACUUUGACUUUUAAUAACUAUGUUGAAGGCUUUCAAAUAAUAGACAAUCCUUUCAAAAGGUCUUUCAUACCAGAUCAUGAUUUUGUAUCUUUGCACUAGUGUUUAAACCUAUAAAGGCAUAUUUAGUGAAGAGUUACUUUGUAAUGCAAGUACAUUUUUUAAAAAUUCCAUAAAGGAUAUGCAUUUUUUUCUUGGAUGCAUAAUUUUGUUCACUUACCUAAAGUAAUUUACUUCUGGAGACAAUGACAAACACUUGCCAGUUUUAAAAUGUCAACUUGGGGGUACUGAAACAAUUUUUUAAGACUAAACUCUGCAUAGGCAUCUUUAGAGUUGACAUUCUGUUAUGCUUGAGCUUUAUUUUAGGAUUGGCCAGGAAUGAUAGCAAUUGGAGAAUAUACAAAAUAUUUACCAGUUUAAAUAGCCCAUUGAACUUGUAAUGUCUAAUUGGAAAUGGAAAUUAAUGUCAGGUCAUUCAAGAUUAAUCAUACGGUAUCCAGAGGACUAUUAAUAUAUGAUGGAGUUCAGAAAAUAUAUAACUGUUUCAUAAAGAAGUCUAUAGACUAGUUAUGGGCCUCUGGCAGGGUUUUCCAUUCUUUUUGUCAUCACAACAUAUUUACAUAUAUACAAAAUGCUGAUGUUUAUAAAACUGCAGGAAAUGGAUAAGGCUGCUUUGUUGAGGGCAGUUGAAAAGUACACCUUAAAUCCAUUUAGGAGGAUCUAUCAUGGGUAGCACAUUAAAAUGUGCAUUUAUAAUUAAAAUUGGGUUCUUUGUAAUGUAAACACCAAGCUUUAUUGUUCCUAAGGUAGUUUUAAAAGAUGUCAAGUCAAGGAGAGUUUCCUAAAAAGGAUGAAUUCUUAACUGUACUUCAGCACACUAACGAUUUUCUUGGGUCGGCAAGAAAUCCUUUUGUAUAUCAUUGAAGCAUCAAAAUACACUUGACGGACGAGGGAUACAACUCAGUGGCAUAAGCAACCUUCUGGCAAGCACAAGGUGUCCUGGUAGCAAAAAAAAAAAAAAAAAAAAAAUUGCAGUUGACAUUUCUCAUAUAGAAUGUCACAAGGCAUAGUAAUGUCUGCUUCAAAACUAAAUUGAGAUUUUAAAGCAUACCAUAAUAUAUAAUGAAAACAAUGUGAAGAGUAAAAUUAUAAAUAAAUGUUCUUAUAAACAGUAUAGCCAGUAAGAUAAUAAAAUAUCUUUAUUCCUACCUUUGGCAUUACCUAGCAAAAAUGUGCUGAUUAGUAUGUUUUCAUUCUCUUGCAGUGUGACUGAAUUAGACUUUUUUUUUCCAUACAAACUGACUAGAAAGUACACAUUUUACAAAAUGUGUACAUUACAUAAAUGGCCAAACCAGCUAUUUAUUGUAGUAGUGUAAAUCUUCACUCAUCUGUGAGACGAUGUGGAAUUAAAGCAUUCAGAUUAAUAGAUGGCAGGAAAAAAAAAUUGGUGUAUCUUAGAAUUACAGGUUAUUAGAAGAAAUUGUAAAAUGCCCAGUUUUUAAGCCAAAUAAAUUUUCAAAGCCUUCUUAUUGCAAAAAUAUCCCUGACACUUGUGUAAACAGUAAAAAUCGUUAUUUUCCUCUUUGGCUUCAUAUUUUGUGCAGCUGACUUGUUAAUUUAAUGGAAUCUGAAUACUGAUUCUGAACCCAGAUCUGUCAUCCCAGGAUUUUACCUGAAAAACGAAUCCUCAGGAGCCAGUUUUCUUACAUAUAAAUUAAGUAUUUAGAGAAGACUUUCUUUUUUUUCAUAUGGCAAGAUGCAGGAGAAAAAGGAAAGAACCACCCCACACACACAUAACACAUAUACACACAGACCAUGUAUCCUCAUGUUUUUCUCAUUGUGUAACCUUAUGGUGGAAAAAUAAAUAAAUAAAACUUAAUCAAAAGUGAAAUUCCAUUCUAGAGACUUGUAAUGGCAAAAACCUUAAACCCAUGUACAUACCCCGAUUUAGUUCAGAACACACUUAGUGCUCUAAAUCAGAGCUGCUUAUAGCAGUAUACUGACAAAACACGAGGGAAAAAAGGAAGUUACAGAAGGUAAGUACACUAAUUUUAUAAACAAGUUUAAAAAUUUAUAAAACUAAAUACCAUUUUAUGUAUUGCAAAUGUAUAAAACACGGAAUUGAGAUAAAAAUGAAAUCAGUAUGUGAGGAGAAACAAAUGGGAAAUUUAGUUAUAUCUAAGAUUGCUUAAAUUUAAUGAUAGGUAUGCAGGUGCACAUUUUUUAUUUUUUUGUAUCGUAUGUUUUUCUUUUAAAAAAUAGGUAAUGUGUUGACAUUAAAGUAUGUGAAAGAAUACAUCUGUCCAUCCUGACCCAGGCAAGGUAGAAAAAUGGCAAAGAUCAUAUCCACAGCAAAACUGAAAGUUUACUUGUACCUCUCAGAAGGUCUCAGACUUUUUUGGUGAAUUUCAUCCAACUCUCGAUACAUAAAUUUCUGUUACAGGAAUUAUUCUAGGUGGAAAGAAAAUAUGAAAGCUAUGUUACGAAAGUGGCCUUAAGCUGAAACACCAAAAACAAGGUUGAUGAAACUUCUCUGUAAAGUUAAGAGCAAAACUCCUUACUGUAUAAAUGGCCAAGGAAUACUACAUUGUACCCAAGUAUGGUUUAUGACUAGAAUGCAAUGAGUAUUCCCUGUUUGGAACCUAGCAAUGCAGCUUACUACAUUAGAAUAUUAAAGAAGAAAAAAAUCAUUUUAGUAGAUACCACAAAAGCAUUUGGUACAACUUAGUGCCAUGCUUUGAUUUUAAAAGCAGCAUCUGGUAUCAGUGGGGUAAAGGUAAAUUACUCUAAAAAUGGGGGUGCAGGGGGUUCAAGUGAAUCCAUUUAAUAGUAUAAAAUGGUAAGUUCAUAAAAGAGCUGAAGUACAUAUUUUUAAGUAAUUUCAGAAUCUUACACAAAAAUUGAUAAUUAUUUGACUUAGAAAUGAAGAUGUAAUAUGUGGUGUAAAGUGCUCUUAGCAAGGUCAAAUGAUAAACUACUCAUGGGAAAAAAAUGCUUGCAGUUUAUAUAACAUUGCAAACUUUCCUAACGUCAAGCAAGUUCUGAAUACCACAGAAAUUGAAAUCCAGAUUCUUUGACACCUGAGUCUGACAUUAUGGAAAGCCUUACCAGUCUUAGACUAAUUGGAACUUUAUUGAGAAAUAAACUUACCCUGUAUCAGCCA